CCGGAGCUGUCACCACGUUAACCAAACCGACAUCCCUGAACCAUUGCCCACCAUGCCCGGCUCUCUUUCGCUUUUCUCCGUCAAUGCCGUCCUUCUCAUGUCGGCCGACGAUGGCUCUCGCAUCUUCGCCAAGUACUACUCCCCUCCUCAUCCCCCGGCCGGUGCUGCCCCCAACUCGACCGAUUACCCCGGAGCGAACCCCUACCCUACCGUAAAAGAGCAGAAGGCAUUCGAACAAGGCCUCCUCGAAAAGACCAACAAGCAGACCAGCGAUGUGAUCCUCUACGACAACCGGAUAGUCGUCUUCAAGAUGGAGAGCGAUGUGAUGCUCUAUGUGGUGGGAAGUGCCGACGAGAACGAAGUGCUGUUGUACAACGUGGUUCUGUCUCUAAGAGAUGCCUUGGGAAUCUUGUUCAAGGGCGCAACCGACAAGCGCACAAUCGUCGAGAACUACGACCUGGUCGCCCUGGCCAUCGAUGAGAUUAUCGACGAUGGAAUCAUUCUGGAAACCGACCCAGUGCUGAUCGCCUCCCGCGUCAGCCGCGCUCCUGCUCCAGAUGCACCGAACUUGAAGAGCAUCGACUUGUCCGAACAAGGUCUGAUGAAUGCCUGGGAGCUUGGAAAGCGGCGUCUGGCGGAGGGGUUGCGGCAGAUGUAAUUGACGUUGAUGAUUCUGCAAUUCUCUAUUUGAUGCAUCCUGAUGUGCUUUCAUCUUUAUUCUCUUCAUGUCAUGUCUUUCUGUUAUCUAAUCUGGCUGGUCCUGGCGUGGUAUUUGUGCGCAUUGCUUGCUCAUUGUGGAAAUCAUGUCCAUUUUUAACAUUCUUACUACUACUAUUUGCCCCCGCAUUUUUUUGUUGCAGAGGCUUGAGGUACCUAUAGAGAUACUCCUUGGUGUUUUGCUGCGAAACAUUGUGCGUCUUAGCUGGGAUGGUGAGAGAUCGUCUAGAGGCUCGUACUAUAUAUAUAACGGACGGGCGACAACCAAAUUACAGCAAGAAUGAACUAAGC